AACAACAAAAGAGGUAGUUAAUUAUGACAACCCAAUUUCCCUAUAUAUCUUAAUUAGGACUUGAGAGAUCAUUUGCCUUGCACUCUUUCCCCUUCUCUUGGCAUGGCAUGAGGGAGGGUCCAUGAGAGGAAUGCACACUGCUGUUACAUUUGCAGCCAACUUUCUCUUUUGACAACCUACCGAAUCCAUGAGCAAGCAACAAGGAAAUACAGAUCAAAAGAAGAAGAAGAGUGCAAAAGAGAUGCCCAACACGAACGGAGUUGUCAUAACUACGUACGUAGAAUCACCUUCGAUCAUCCGACCACUUUCAGAAUCCAAUCCUAACAAGAAAAUUCAGCCAAACCCAGAUUCCAGGAACCCCAAGAGAAGCCAAGGUUAUGAUCGGCGGGCUCAGCUCCUAGCUUACACUCAAGAGCUGAGAGCAGCAGACAACGGCGAUCAGCUACUCCGAUGGGGUGAAAAGAGUUGCAGGCACAAAUCAAAGAAUUGGAAAUGCCCAACCACACCAAGAAAACUUGGGAUUUCAUUUCUGAGAAUUUUCGGAAAGGCAAAACGGCGAUGCAAGUAUCAACGGAUGGCAUCUGAGGAGGAUAAACCACGCAACACUAGUGGGAAGAAAAAGAAACAUGGGAGAAGGAAAUUUUGGAGAAAACUGAAGCGGAUGUUCAAAGGAUUAUCUUUUGUUUGGCAUCGGAAGAAAGGGUAACAUCGUAACGGAAAGCAAUCGCGAUCCCAUACGAGAAGGGUGGGGAAUUUGCUGCAGCUUGUUCCAUUUUGCAUGCCUAAACCGAUGGCCACUUUCCCGGCAUACACGGUCUCGCGCACGUAUUUCAAUCCACUAUUUGCGAUCUCUUUGUUACUCAACUGUAAUAUUUACCAACUGCUAUUUAUUUAUUUUUUUUUGCAAAUCCCUAAUUAUUAUCUUAGAUGAUAUAAAAAAUUAUUUCUUAA